AUGUGUAAAUCACUGCGUUACUGCUUUAGUCAUUGUCUCUAUUUAGCAAUGACAAGACUGGAAGAAGUGAACAGAGAAGCGAACAUGCAUUCUUCAGUGCGUUACCUUGGCUAUUUAGCCAGAAUCAAUUUACUGGUUGCUCUAUGCUUAGGUCUCUAUGUAAGAUGGGAAAAAACAGCAAAUUCCUUAAUUUUGGUCAUUUUUAUUCUUGGUCUUUUUGUUCUCGGAAUUGCCAGCAUACUCUAUUAUUAUUUUUCAAUGGAAGCAGCAAGUUUAAGUCUCUCCAAUCUUUGGUUUGGAUUCUUGCUUGGCCUCCUGUGUUUUCUUGAUAAUUCAUCCUUUAAAAAUGAUGUCAAAGAAGAAUCAACCAAAUACUUGCUUCUAACUUCCAUAGUAUUAAGGAUAUUAUGCUCUUUGGUGGAGAGAAUUUCUGGUUAUGUCCGCCAUCGGCCCACCUUACUAACCACAGUUGAAUUUCUGGAACUUGUUGGAUUUGCCAUCGCCAGCACAACUAUGUUGGUGGAAAAGUCUCUGAGUGUCAUUUUACUUGUUGUAGCUUUGGCCAUGCUGAUUAUCGACCUGAGAAUGAAGUCUUUUCUAGCUAUUCCAAACUUAGUUAUUUUUGCAGUCUUGCUGUUUUUCUCCUCAUUGGAAACUCCCCAAAAUCCAGUUGCCUUUGCAUGUUUUUUUAUUUGCCUGAUAACUGAUCCUUUCCUUGACAUUUAUUUUAGUGGGCUUUCAGUGACUGAAAGGUGGAAACCCUUUUUGUACCGUGGAAGAAUUUGCAGAAGACUUUCAGUUGUUUUCACUGGGAUGAUUGAGCUUACAUUUUUCAUUCUUUCAGCAUUUAAACUUAGAGACACUCAUCUCUGGUAUUUUGUAAUACCAGGCUUUUCCAUUUUUGGAAUUUUCUGGAUGAUUUGCCAUAUUAUUUUUCUUUUAACUCUUUGGGGAUUCCAUACCAAAUUAAAUGACUGCCAUAAGGUAUGUUUUACCCACAGAGUAGAUAACAAUAGCCUUGACAGAAUCAUGGCAUCCAAAGGGAUGCGUCAUUUUUGCUUAAUUUCAGAGCAGUUAGUUUUUUUCAGUCUUCUUGCAACAGCAAUUUUGGGAGCAGUUUCCUGGCAGCCAACAAAUGGAAUCUUCUUGAGCAUGUUUCUGAUUGUUUUGCCUUUGGAAUCCAUGGCUCAUGGCCUCUUCCAUGAAUUGGGUAGCUGUUUAGGAGGAACAUCUGUUGGAUAUGCCAUUGUGAUUCCCACCAACUUUUGCAGUCCUGAUGGUCAGCCAACACUUCUUCCACCAGAACAUGUACAGGAGUUAAAUUUGAGGUCUACUGGCAUGCUCAACGCUAUCCAAAGAUUUUUUGCCUAUCACAUGAUUGAGACCUAUGGGUGUGACUAUUCUACAAGCGGACUGUCUUUUGAUACUCUACAUUCCAAACUGAAAGCUUUCCUUGAACUUCGGACUGUGGAUGGGCCUAGGCAUGAUACGUAUGUUUUAUAUUACAGUGGGCACACCCAUGGUACAGGAGAGUGGGCUCUUGCAGGUGGCGACAUACUACGCCUUGACACACUUUUAGAAUGGUGGCGAGAAAAGAAUGGUUCCUUCUGUUCCCGACUUAUUAUCAUAUUAGACAGUGAGAAUUCAACUCCUUGGGUGAAAGAAGUAAGAAAAAUCAACGACCAGUAUAUUGCAGUGCAAGGAGCAGAGAUGACAAAGACAAUAGAUAUCGAAGAAGCUGACCCACCGCAGCUGGGUGACUUCACAAAAGACUGGGUAGAAUAUAACUGCAACACCACUAAUAACAUCUGCUGGACUGAAAAGGGACGCAGAGUGAAAGCAGUAUAUGGCGUGUCAAAACGGUGGAGUGACUACACACUACACCUGCCAACAGGAAGCGAUGUGGCCAAGCACUGGAUGCUCUACUUUCCUCGCAUUACAUAUCCACUGGUGCAUUUGGCAAAUUGGUUGUGUGGUCUGAACCUGUUUUGGAUCUGCAAGACUUGUUUCAGGUGCUUGAAAAGAUUAAAAAUGAGUUGGUUUCUUCCUGCUGUGCUGGAUACAGGACAAGGCUUCAAACUCGUCAAAUCUUAA